AUGGUGUCGCUGUCCGAGCCGCUCUCAUUAUAUGCGAUCCCCGCCAUGUGGGUGAUCAGCUACUAUCCCAUUUUCAAGAGGGCUGCCUUCAUAAGAAAGACGAACGCUGUUAACCCCAUCGCGCCACGCGCGACUGCUGCCAAUCUCGCAAAGAACAAAGACCUAUCCCCGGAGUUUGUUGCAAAGGCUGCACGAAUGGAAGGUGCUCAUCAGAAUGGUCUCGAGAACCUGCCUUUCUUUGGCCUUGCAGUGAUCGCUGGUAACGUCGCCGGCCUCCACAACAGGACUCUGAACAUCGCAGCUGGUUCAUACCUUGUCGCGAGAAUGCUCUUCAACUACUUCUACUUUGUUCAAGAGACGAAGCGUACGGCCCGCCUCCGAAGUUUGGCUUGGAUCACCUCUCUUACGUUCCCGUUCUAUCUAUUGGUCAAAUCAGCACAAGUCUUUGGUGCUAGAUCGAUGCAGAGUUAG